AUGGUACAUAGGUGUAGGACCAAACUUACUCAAACUAAACUUGAAACAUACAUCACUGUUCUCAUACGCUGUAUCAACAGUGAUACACCCAUUCGGAAGCAUUUCUCGACUGCCGAAAUUAUUGAGAUUUUACAUUAUGGAGCAGAUUUAUUCUUGAAAGGGCCAAUUUUGAUAGAAUUUAAUUUAACAAACGAUGGCCUAAUUGUAGUCGGUAAUUUAUGCGGUAGCAUUCAUUCACUCUUACGAGUGUUUGAUGGUUUUGGAUUACCUCCAGUAAGGCGCUAUUUAUUUCUUGGUGGCUAUGUUGGUCGUGGAAAACACCAAAUUGAAAUAAUCAUACUACUUAUACUGAUGAAGCUUCGAUGGCCAGAAGAUGUGAUUCUUUUGCGCAGUAAUCAUGAAACAAUGGAAGCGAUAGACACUAAUGAUAUGCCAUCAACAAGCCAUCAACAACAUUUUGCUGAAGUGUGUCAGUCCCAAUUCCCUUCAGAGCCAAACAUGUAUUUUAUGUUCAAUCAGAUGUUCGACGUGAUGCCCAUUGCAGCAGCUCUUUCAAAACGCUAUCUAUGCUGCAGUGGUGGUGUAAGUCAAUGGAUGACCUGUCUUGAUAAUAUACGUAACAUCCCUCGACCCAUCUAUGCGAACAAAAUAAAAUUUUUGGAAGCAUGUUUGGUGGCAGAUAUCCUUCAUGCUCAACCAAAUAAUGCAAUAGAAAAAGCAUUUGAACCAUCAAGAUCAGGCGUGAGCUAUAUGUUUAGCAAGAAAGGUCUUCAGUCAGUGUUGAAUGCACUAAAACUGAAGACAUUAAUAAGAAUUGGCGAGGAAAAUUUUAGUCAUAAGUCUGACAUAUAUCGAGUUGGUGUGAUUCGAAAUUUCAAUGAUGAUACAUGUUACACUGUUAUCACCUCACCAGAUCCACAUGUUAGUUCUUGUUCAACUAUACAUCUCGUUUGUAGUUAUAAGUGUCACGCUGUUGAAGAAGUAAAUCUGCCUGAGGAUCAUAUGGAUACAAUAGUGAUAACAUGUCGUAGAAUUAUGAGUAAAUUAGAAACGAGCUUUGAAACAAAUUUUACGCAGAGAUCAAGAUCUGAACUUUGCAAUUGGUGCAUGGAAAUUCCACGUAGUCAUUCCGAUUUGAGAGCUCGUUUUUAUACGCACCGCAACAUGGAUAUUUGGGUAAAGAAGUUUGCAUACGAUUGGGCACGAGCGGAUGAGAUUUUUUUACUGAACGAUAACUUACAUCAAUCUAAUCCAAUGAACCCAUCUCACGAGGAAAGACGAAUUCGACGAAGCGCUGAAUUGUUUCCUUCUUUUUACGAUUUGCGAUUUUUAAAAGGUGGCCAUCCCACUAGGGGUGGCACUUUUCGGGUAUAUAUCAAUGAUGAGGAUGAUGAGCAUCAACAGUUUAUGAAAACAAUCUAUCCGGACUCGCAUAAUCUUUUUGUCCCAGAACCAUUUUCGACACAAGAUCCGAGCCUAUUGGAUGUCGAUAUGACAGAAAGCGAUGAGUUAGUGCCGGAAGAGGAGAGAAUAACAUAUAUACAACGGAUUCAAGCAUUUUGGCAUCAUUUAUUUCGUUGUUUUAGGAAUUGUCGCGUUGUAAACAAACAGUUAAUCUAUAAAGCCGCGUUAAAUCUUGUGUUGCCACACUUUGAACUUACAACUGUCAUCCCUUUUGGCGCGGUUGAUUGGUGUGGGAUCGGCUGUGAUGGUAUUUUAGAGAUGAAACGGGGAGUGGAUGAGACGUCGGCAUGUGCGGGUGAAGAAUCUGGUGAUCGUGGAUCAGAAGGGAAACGUAUGAGACAAAAUAAUUUGACAGAUAGACUAUAUUUCAAUAAAGUUGUAGGUCUCGCUGAGCAGUACAAUGCCAAUGCUUUUUCGCUUGCGGAAUUGUUGGAACUUAUCUCACCCGUGGCAUCAAUCCAUUUCAAUUUCAUGGUUGAUCUCCGUUGGCUACUUACGCAGUAUCCGGGCCGAUUACGACAAGGGCCAAUCACAUUAAUUGUGGGUGAAAGAAUGGGGACUGAUUUUACGUUGACCAAAACUGCAGUAAAGCAUUGUGGAGCAACUAACGUCAGUGUUGGACGAGCACGUCUAAUGAUACCGUUCGGGACUCAUCAUUCCAAAAUUUCCAUUUUUGAAAGCAGUAAUGGGAGAGUGCAUAUUAUCAUUGCAACUGCUAACUUGUUGGAAAGCGACUGGAACUUCAAAACUCAAGCAUUCUAUCACUGUAGUGGAAGUGAACUGACUGCCAGUGACAAUUGUAACCGAAAUGGAUCAAAUUUCCAGACUGAUUUAGUAAAAUACUUGAACGAAUAUAAAACAAGUCAGGAUUGGGGUCUUAUCGAACACUGGAGAGAUCGCGUUGCUAACAUUGACUUAUCUCAUGUCAAUGCACGAGUUAUUUACUCUGUACCAGGAACUCAUAAAGGCGUUCAAUUGACGAAAUAUGGUCACCCAAGAUUGCGUGUAGUACUGAAGGAAUUGUUCAGAAAUGUUAAGAUAGACGAUUUCACUUAUCAUGCUCAAUUCAGCUCAUUUGGUAGUCUUGGAGCAGCACCGCAAAAUUGGCUUACGGGACAGUUUUUAAACAGUCUUUCUGGUGGAGCAGAAACAGAUGGCGAACACUUGCGAAUUAUCUAUCCGUGCGUGGAAGACGUUCGUACUUCUAAUGAAGGAUACGAAGCAGGUGGCUCACUUCCUUACAGUAAUAGUGUAGCAACAAAACAGCCAUAUUUGCUUAAUUUCAUGCACAAGUGGCGCAGUGAUCGUCUAGGGCGUUCUCAUGCUAUGCCACACAUCAAGACAUAUGCGGCUUUUGCUAAGAACUCUCUAAAACCAUCUUGGUUGCUUGUUACAAGUGCCAACCUUUCUAAGGCGGCUUGGGGUGAUUACCAAUUGAAAAAAACACAAUUAACUAUUCGAUCGUAUGAAUUUGGCUUGUUGUUCACUGAUCCUGAAUCCUUGGAUAUGUUGCCAUAUGAUUUACCCUUGACAAAGUAUGAUGAUGACGACCGUGUAUGGAUAGUAGAUAAAACAUACAGGAACCCAGACGUAUUGCACAAAACUUGGCCGUAA